GUACUCUCAUAAGUCUGUAACUAUACACAACAGUCGGUCAAGUUACAUUUCUUUAACUCUCCAACAAGCCUGACAUGACUCAGCUGACCAUUACUAAUAUUCUUUCAUUGAUUAUUAUCCUGUUGCAUUCCACUUUGGCCCAUUAUUAUAGGAUUCCUAUAGGAGUAAUCGUGGGAGACGAUGACGAUCCUUAUCUUACUGCUAUCAAGUAUGCUGUUUCAAUGCAUGAAACUAACGACUCCAGUCCCUAUACUUUGAACUUAGUCGUAGAGAAAGCAGACAAAGAAGAUAUUUAUCAAGUAGACAAAGCAGUUUGUAAAAUUUUGAAUCGAGGUGUAUUCACCAUAAUGGCUCCUACUACUUUUGCAACUUAUAAUACUCUGGCAUCUUACUCUAAUAAUUUCCACAUACCUUUGAUUAGUCCAUCAUUCCCAGAAAUCCCUCCUGAACAUAGUACUAAAUUCGGAAUUGGAAUUUUACCCAGUCCUAUCAGAGCAACUCUAGAUCUGAUGAGGCAUAAUAACUGGAAUUCAAUUAUAUACUUAUAUGAUGCCGAAGAUGGAGCCGAAAAUUUCCAAAAGCUAUUGCUUUAUGCCUCUGAUGUGUAUCAAGUGAACGUAAUUGGGAUGCAUAGAGUGAUCAGCGCAGAAGAUGCAAUUUCAUAUAUUCGUAAAAUAGACAUUGCAAACAAACAGCUUCCGAAGCAAGUUCUAUUGAAAAUGAAUCAGAAGCUAGUUGUUAAAAUUAUUACUUUGUUCAUGCAUGAUUACCAUAUUAAUAAAAAGAAAUUUAGCUUUUUAUAUAUGGACCCGGUAUUGAAUAAUUUCUGGGAAACUAACAGUGCAACAUUUGGUAGCGUCAACUUAUUAGGAUUUCGACUUGUUAAUCCUGUUAAUGAAAAAUAUAUGCAUUUCAAGAACAUGUGGAAACAUCUCAAUUCUCAUAAAAUUAACAGUUCGUUAUCCGUAAUGCAAGAUGUGCCAAUGAAUGCCAUAUUAGGAUACGAUGGAGUUUUAUUACUAUUGAAAACAAUCGAGAAUUUGUUUAGUUUUCAAAGCCACAAUCCAAGAUUUCAUUUACCUUCCAUUUUAAAUGGCACUCGAAAGUAUUGUUUUCAAUCACAGAAACCUCGUUGGGAACAUGGUGCCUUAAUAUAUAAAUAUUUAAAAGAGACGGUUGUUCCUAUGGGCCUUACAGGAAAUUUGAAAUUUGAUGCAAGUGGUGAAAGAUAUUCCUUUAAUCUGGAUAUUAUUGAAACUCUCCCAUCGGGUUACGAAAUGUCCGAACCGUUUUUAAUGAAGAAAUCGGGUCCUUGCAGUGGAAAUGAUUGUUUUGAAGGUUUUUGUAAAGACUUGGCAGACGCUCUAAUACAAAAACUUGGACUUAGCUACAGAUUACAAUUAGUUGCCGAUGGUACAUACGGUUAUGUUGACCCAGUAACACAACUUUGGACUGGAAUGAUUGGUGAAGUUAUAAGUGGGAAAGCAACUCUCGCAAUUGCACCAUUAACAGUAAACAGUAAGAGAAGUCAAGUUGUACAGUUCAGUAAACCUUUUCAAACAAUUGGCAUUAGCUUGAUGGUAAAAAAGCCUGGGAGUCGCGACAGUAAUCCUGUAGGAACGACGCCAUUUUUCUUCCUUUAUGUGUUUACGAAAGAAGUUUGGAUUUGUGUUAUCGUCACUUAUGCUGUUAUUACUACGUUACUAUUCUUCGUGACAAAAUUUACUGGGCCACCAGAUCGAUCAAAAGAUUACGAAAUAUCUCAAAAGAAUAAGUUAACUGUGUGCAGCACUAUGUGGUUCACAAUGGGAUCUUUUCUUUUACGAGGAACGGGAAUAUAUCCUAAGUCCAUAUCUGCUCGAGUAUUAAGUUGCAUCUGGUGGGCAUUCACACUAACAAUAAUUUCACUCUAUAUAGCAAAUGCUGCAACAAUACUGGUUGCUCAUAGAUUAGGAGCUGAAAAUAGUGCCAACACUGCUGCACUUACCACUAGGGGUAUUCAGAGUGUAUUAGAGGAUGCAAUUAAUUCAGGAAUUCCAGAACUGGGCUGUGUAAAAGGUGGCUCCACUGAAGAGUCCAUAUCUGCUCGAGUAUUAAGUUGCAUCUGGUGGGCAUUCACACUAACAAUAAUUUCACUCUAUAUAGCAAAUGCUGCAACAAUACUGGUUGCUCAUAGAUUAGGAGCUGAAAAUAGUGCCAACACUGCUGCACUUACCACUAGGGGUAUUCAGAGUGUAUUAGAGGAUGCAAUUAAUUCAGGAAUUCCAGAACUGGGCUGUGUAAAAGGUGGCUCCACUGAAGACUUUUUUAAGAAUUCUCAGAUGACACUCUACAAGAAAGUAUAUGAUAGUUUUCAGAGAAAGCCCGAAAAUUUAUUUAGUUCAACUGCAGAUGGAGUGAAAAAACUGCGUGAAAGUAAUGGAAAAUAUGCAAUUUUUGUAGAAUCAACAUUUAAUGAAUACACAAGUCAUCGUGAGCCUUGUGAUACUAUGAUGGUUCCAGGAACUCUUGACACAAAAAGUUAUGCAGUUGCUUCUAUGUUCAAUUCAAGCAUAUCGAAUGACAGAAUUAAUGAAGCUCUUCAUAAACUCCAUGAGACUGGCUAUCUGAAUGAGUUAUAUGAUAAAUGGUGGCUUCGUACAAGUGAAUGUGCUCGAAGAUACUCAAGAUCCUUGGAGGUAGUUUUUUUAAAUUAUAAUAUAUUAAGUCAUUCAAAUUUGUGCCUGUUAUAA